UGCUAGCUACAUACGCUGAGUUUUCCGGUGGUCAGCUAGCUAGCCGUAGAUGCUGCAGUGCAGUGAUUAGUUCGGACAUUCAGCAUAACAUCAUAGCAUGAUCAUAUGGUCAACUCUCGAUCUUUCACGCUUUGGGGAAUAUCCCCCAAAGGUCCCAUCUGAACGACCGGACCUGGCUCAUUCUGGAUGUAUCUACUAAUCUUCUAAACUUCGCCAGCGUUGUAUUUGGAUUACAGACAGACUGCAUCCUUUUAGUUUUAUUGGAGACACAUAUACAACCCAAUUCAGGAGACGUGGGAAUAACUUGGUAGUUUUGCUAUGGGAAACUCGGCUGUAUGUAGACAGUCGCUGACAGUCUAACCGGCCGGCGUGACCCCGAGGUCGCACGCAGCUGCCUUGUACAAGGAAAUACCUGUCUGCCGUAUGACUGGAUCUCAAUGGAAUUACGAUUUAAAGGGUACGACCAGUAAUACCCUUUUAUCCACCGAAGAGAUCGCUUCACGGAUUAUUUGAAGUUUUUAAAGAAAAGUAGGGCAUCACCUUGGCAACCAACUUGGCGUCUUUAGCUCCGCCCCACGCUGUACCCCUCCGUGACAACAGAGGAGUCCCAAGUUCAACCCCUCUCGCACUCAUUCAAGCGUCGAGCCUCGGAGCGUACGGUCGUGACUUCUGAGCUGGAUUUCUUUGACGAAGGGGACAGCUACUUUAUUGUUAUUUGGAAUAUAUUCAACAACCAAUUGGCAGCUUUUAUUAAAACCUUAGGUCCUUUUGAAACUGAUCUAAUCACUUGUUAAGCUUCUCUUUUUUUAAUUACAGCAGCGCACGCACCCGACACUGUUUUUAUUGACAGUGUUCUUUGCAAGUCCUUCUGGAAGGGUGCCCACUCAAUCGGUAACAAGUGAUCGCUCUUGCGUGUUACCAACAAAAGCUUCCAAUCUUUAUCCAGUCACAAACGGAGAUAAAUCUCGCAUAUUUGUGGGCAGCUCGCUUUUGUGUUUUGGGUCUUUUGUGUGUUUUCUGAAAUCAUUCACAGCGAUAACUGGAAGUAAACCUUCAGCAGUAGUAUUUCAAGCCAGCAAACCUCAACACCCAUGCUGUUUUGCACCGCAUUAAAGCAUCAACAAAGUUAUAAACUUGGACAAGGUUGUGUUUUUCUUCACUGGAAAGUUUUGAAAUUUAUUCGCGAUUGUUUGCGCUGUACGUGAAUUUCAUCUAACGAACUGGGAGUUAUUGAUUAAACCAUCUUUGCGUGCAGAUCGACGUGAAUAUAAAUGGUAUUUUGCCAACACGUGUAUGUAUGUCGACCGAGAGAAGAACAAGGUUAAACACACACGACUAGCCUGUGAAUUGAUCAGACUGACGUUCAUGGUCAUAAUUGUGUUCUUUGGACUUUAGCAGAGCAAACUUUGUCACGUUUGGUGUUUUCGUGUCUGAAUUUUCUCGACCUUCUUCAGUUCUUGGAGAUAUAUGGUUAUGUUUUCAGCACACGGAGUGUGAGUAAGACCGAAACCGGGAAUAUACAAUCCAACUUUCUCACACGAAGGAAAAUAACCUCGAAGAACUGACAUCUGCUGCAGUUACAUCGCGCAUCAGUUUAGGAAUUCUCGGGUGGAAAACAUUGUCAUCGGUUGCGGCAAGGUUCAGGAAAAUGAUAUUUGUUUCCAGUGAUCGAUGAAUGUAAAUCGAAUUCUCGAUGGUAGCCAUGGACGGUUUACAAACAUUGCACGACGAGCGUGCCCGGUUCGACAACCCGUACGAUGACCGGUACAGCUCAACCUGGGAAGGCGCAUCCCUCAAGCCUUUCCGAACUAAAGAUGAAUACCUCUACGCGAUGCGAGAGGACCUGGCCGAAUGGCUCAGUAACAUGUACGACCUGGAGAUCCUACCAGAGUCUUUCUUUGACAGAUUAGAAAAUGGUGCUCUUCUCUGCCAGCAUGCCAACAAAGUCCGUCGUGAGGCCAUCGACUACAGAUUGAGGAACUAUCCCGACAAUGACGAUGUCGAGUUCGUUCAAGGAAUCUUCGUCAAGCACGACGAUCUACGAUAUAAGCUAGAUGCCAAAGCGGGGACGUUUCUAGCAAGGGACAACAUCAGUAACUUCAUCCAUUGGUGUCGACAUUCCUUGAGGAUUAAUGAAGUACUCUUAUUCGAAUCGGAUGAUCUUGUCCUGAGGAAGAAUGACAAGAGCUUUAUCCUGUGUCUCCUGGAGGUGGCUCGUCGUGGUGGUCCUAUCGGCAUGCCUGUCCCGAUGCUCGUACAACUCGAACAGGAGAUCGAUCGGGAGCUCGAAGCCGGUACGCCAUCGGAGCCGGACUCCUUCACAUCGACGGAACCUGCAUCACCGAGCUCGGAAACCACGACCGAUGCCGAACCAGAGUCCGAGGCCGAUUCCGAAGGACGACCAAUGGAAUGUACCUCGUCACCUGAACCGUCACCCCAGAGGAGGGGGUCUCUCAUCCCGAAGACGAAACCAAGGAGCAGGCGGGUGUCUUCGAAACAUCAUAACCAACAGGAACCUCAGGAAGAUGGAGGUGACCCACCAAAACAGAUCAUGCUCAAUGAUGAAGUCCUCAAGACCUUGGAUGAACUGGUGAGUAGAGUACAUUCAAAUCAUCAUAAAUUAAUAUGUUCUUGGAAUCAUUCAUUGAGAAGUUUAUGUGCAUAUAGUUAAAGACUAAGAGGUUCUUUAGGCAGAUGUGGUAAUUGUUUUAAUGUUUCCACUAAAUCAACUUGUAUUUGAUGAAUGAUUGGUACCAUGUAGUCGGAUAGUUGAGGGUACAUUAAUAUAGAAUCCAAAUUCUUGGUAUUCUAGUUUGAUUCAAGUGGAGUAUGCUGAUCGUAACCCUCUGCUCAUCUCACAAAUAAUAGCCGUAUAAAAUGUUCCUACUCCUCCUCUAUGAAACAUAGGAAAUAGGAAAUAU